AUGUCCUGGAUAAGUCUAAGACUUCCACCUGCUAAAAAGGUGUGGAAGAGCUUCACUUCUAAACUUGGUAGUAAACUUCACAACAUUCGUAAAUCUAAAGCCAUGAAAAAACAAAGAAAGAACAAAAAUAACACCAAAACUACAACUAUCACCACCACUACCAAGGCACCACCUAAGUUUCUUGCUACGAAACGUUUUCGUCGCAAAAAGUUAGCCACGGUUAGAAGUAUAUUAUCCAGCUUCAACAAAAAGCCCGCACCUGUUUAUAUUGAUAAACUCUUCAAAGAGCCUCCUUGUGAAUAUGUAGGGUAUUUGAAACCACAGACACAAGCAGUUUACAAACCACGACCCGAAAUAGCUGCGAAGGAUUCUUCAGAGAAGAAAGAAGUGGUGGAACUAGAAGGAACAAGUAAGAGAUGUGAGAAAACUACUAGUACAUCAUCAGAUGAUGAUGUGUGGGAGUCAGUGGCAUUAGGUUCACCUCAAAUGCAAGGAAUUGAUGAACGAGCUGAGGAGUUUAUUAUCAGGUUUAGAAGACAGAUGGCUGCCCAAGAGAGAUUAGCAAGAAGUUUGUAG